UUUCAGUAAAUGGGCGACUAAUUAAAUUAAAGGCUUUAUGCAAUCUGUUCUACUUAGUUUCACAAAAGCUUGGCACGUAAAGAAUGCAUUCGGCAAACAUGGUAAAGAUCUUCACUUUUUUACUUUUAUUUCAAUAUUGCAUGUGCGAUUUAUUGAAAGUAACUGAUCGAGUUUACUUUGAUAUAGAAUCUGAUGGUAAAUAUCUUGGUAGAAUUGUGAUUGGGCUCUUUGGGGAGAUUGUGCCCAACACUGUUUUAAACUUUAAACAGAUUGCAACAAACGGAAUUGGUGGUAAAACGUACGAGGGGACAAAGUUUCACACCGUUGUUCAACGAUUUAUGAUUCAAGGUGGUGAUCUGAUUUAUAAUAACGGUUCGGGUUCAAUUAGCAUUUACGGAAGAUUUUUUAAAGACGAGAACUUCACAGUGAAACAUAAUGGACCAGGGAUCGUCAGUAUGGCAAAUGGCCGCAAUACGAACGGGUGUCAAUUUUUUAUAACUACAAUGUUUGCUCCGUGGUUGGACGGAAUACAUGUUGCAUUUGGAAAGGUCCUGAAAGGUCAGGACGUUGUUCACCGAAUAGAACACUUGAAAACUGAUACUGAUAAUCAUCCCUUACACGAUGUGACCAUAAUUCGGUCAGGGUUGCUUAAAACUCAGGCCUUUUAUGAAUCGGACGAACCAUACGAAUUAACAUUUUGGGCGUGGAUUAAAGCUGGAUGGUUCCCUUUAUCUUUUUCGUUCGCAAUCAUCGGAUUUUUUCAGUGGUUUAUGGUCCAGCUGAAGUGAACAAACCGCUAUCAUUUAUUUUUAUCACUUUGUUUUUCUAAACUAUAUAAUAUUCUCCUCUUCAGUUUUGUAUGUUUUAACACGAGAUCUGAUUAAUUAAAUGUCGUAAAUAAUGUA